UUUCCGGUGAAGCAGUUGCGUUGAUGCAGCCGUCGUGAGCUAAACAAACAUGGCUCUGCUCCUUUAUCGACCUUUAUGAUACCUGGACAAACGAAAAUGGAAAUAUGAGACGACCGUGUAGUAUAAUAUGACUCUGUAGAUGAAGAUCAACUUAACCAUUUAAUGUGUUCUUUUGUUUAAAGUAGCGUUUUGUGGCCGUGUUUACGUUGAGCUAGCUAAACAGUUAGCUAAUGUAAGCUAACAAGAUGGACCUUGGAACAAUGUUGUACAAUAAUUUAAAAGAUGUUACGUGGAGUACGUCGUCGCUUCCAUUAGAUCAGCUCGUCAGCGCCUAUAAGUUACCCCAGAUCAUCAGGCUGGACGACGUGUUAUCGUCACCUGUACCCUCCUCGCACCACCCUGUCUCCCCCAUCCACAGCAUCCAAAAGACCCAUCCUCCACCCAGCCGAUCAUCAUGUCUGCCUCACAGCCGAUCAGAUCAGCUGGUUGAAGGGCUCCAAGACAACGACUACCUCUUGGUUCAUUCCUGCCGUCAGUGGACAACCAUCACUGCUCACAGCCUGGAGGAGGGACACUACGUCAUCGGCCCCAAAAUAGAGAUCCCAGUUCAUUAUGAAGGUCAGUUUAAGCUGCUGGAGCAGGACCGGGACGUCAAGGAACCCGUGCAGUACUUCAAUAGUGUGGAGGAGGUGGCGAAAGCCUUCCCUGAACGGGUCUACGUCAUGGAGGAAAUCACUUUUAAUGUAAAGAUGGCUUCUGGAGAAUGUAAUGAGGACACAGAAGUUUAUAACAUCACACUCUGCACCGGUGAUGAGCUGACAUUAAUGGGUCAGGCCGAGAUCCUCUACGCCAAGAGCUCCAAAGAGAAGUCCAGACUCAACACUAUUUUUAAGAAGAUCGGGAAGCUGAACUCCAUCAGUAAGAUCGGUCGGGGAAAGAUGCCGUGUUUGAUCUGCAUGAACCACCGAACAAACGAAAGCAUCAGCCUUCCGUUCCAGUGCAAGGGCCGGUUCAGCACCUGCAGUCCGCUGGAGCUCCAGAUGCAGGACGGUGAGCACACCAUCAGGAACAUCGUGGAAAAAACCCGACUCCCGGUCAACGUCAUCGUCCCUAGCAGUCCACCCCGAAACCAGCAUGACCUCCACCUGAUCCGGGAGGGGCACCGCUACAAGCUGGUGAACAUCCAGACCAAGACCGUGGUCGUGUGCUGUAUCCUGCGAAGCAACAAAAUAGUUCCCAUCCAUUUUCCUUUUCACGUGGCCAUGCCGAGGUUCAUCGUUCCAGAGGAGCUGCUGCAGGGAGAGCUGUGGCUGGACACCAUGGUCCACCGCUGGUUCUCCUUCUGUCAGGACCAAUUUGACAUCGAUGACUACUCGCGUGCCGUCCGGGAUGUUCGGACAGACUGGAAUGAUGAUGGAAAAAGUCCUAAGAAGAGCAGUGGGAAUAGUAGCGGUGGUGGGAGCAGCAGCUCCAAUGGGUGUCCGGGUCACCUGCAGAUUCCCAGCUCCCUGACGUACGCCCGGGAUGAGCUCACCCAGUCCUUCCACCGGCUAUCAGUGUGCGUCUAUGGCAGCAAUCUCCAUGGUAACAGUGAAGUCAACCUACAGGGAUGUAUGACGCUGUAUGGAGACUGGCCCCCUCCACCGUCUGACGGGAACCAAUCAGAACCCGGAGAAAACGAACACUUUUUCCACGAGCUGCUGGAGAGCUCAAGCCAAUCGCCAGGCCUUAGCAAGCUAGACGUUCCCUAUGAGGAGCUGUGGUUGGACCACCUGCGAGGCCAGAUCCCAAAAACCUCCUCAAACGAAGGAAUCCGAAGCAUCAACAACGGCUGCAUGGCAACUGGGACCCUGUCGUACCCGGUCACGUGUCCUCUGGGCGCUGUCACCAGUUUGGAUGCUCCUCUGACUCCACCACCAGUCCCACCCAAAUCUGAAGCUGUGAAGGAGGAAUGUCGUCUCCUCAACGCUCCGCCCAUCCCGCCACGGAGUCUCAAACAGCCGCCGUUAAAACCACGACAGCAGGACACCCGUUCCCCUAGUCCAACCCUCUCGUAUUACUCCUCUGGUCUCCACAACAUCAGUGGAGCGAGUGAGCAAGACGGAGCCGAUCCAGCAGACCAGAGCCAUGGUUGCUACCCCUGUAACUGGGUCCAGUCCAACAGCACUGAGCCUGCCGACCCCCCUAGCAGCUCUCUGAGGUCAGAUGGAGUUUCCUCGCGGUUAUCUUGGCCCAAUAACUUCAGCAGAGGAGAGUCCUGUUGCAUGGACGACUUCCUACCGUCCAGCUGUCGCAGUUACUACAGUUAUCCCAGAAAAAGGUCUCCCAACACCCCUAAAAUGUGCACGUCCAGCCUUGUGGACUUCAAUGUACGAGAGCACGUACUCACCAGUAAAGACUUCAGUUUUCAAAAAGCAUCUCAGAUCUGCACCAAAUCUUCUAGUUACAACUCGGAGAUGUACAGAGACAAGCCGAUAGAAGAAUCUAACAGCCAGCAGAGCCGGUCCUGCCCCAUUCUGCCCCCCCGAACACCCAAAUCCUGCACCAUGAAGACCACCAAGGACCUUCUGUCAGAGUUCGUCUGUGAUACAAAGGAGGAAACUACAAACUCCUCACUUCCCCAACCAGACCAGGACACAGAAAACAAGUCUACCGUCUCCAAUUCUUUAAUCUGUCCCACCUUUUCGCCGACUGAACCCUGGCAGCCUCCGUCCAGCCUGGCUGGGGUUUCUAUAGAAGAGGUGUACAAGUCUCUAAAGUUCCUGGGCCUUCCAGACGAAAUUGUCUCUCUGUUUGUGUCUGAGAAGAUUGAUGGGAAUCUGCUCCUGCAGCUGACCGAGGAGAUUUUAUCCGAAGACUUUAAACUGAGUAAACUACAGGUCAAGAAAGUCAUGCAGUUCAUCAAUGGAUGGAGACCCAAAAUCUGACCGUCUAACACUAAAACUGAAAUCUAACACUAACUCCUGUUGGAGGACUUCAUGCCUUCAGUACAUCUGCUAUGCACAUCAGCCACAAAGUUCCUUUUUUUUAUAUGAACUGGUUUCUUUAAUUCUGCAGCGUACAGACGAACGUUGCUGUCCGAUGGUUAAAUAUUUGGCACUUUCACAAAGAUUUUAUAUAAACUUUUAAGUACUUUUUUAAUUCACAGGCUUCUGUUCAUGUCAUCACACUAAAUGUAGGUCAGACAGAACUUAAAUCUACAGAAAUGUGUUGCAUUCAACACAUUCAACAAAUGUGUUGCAUUCAAGGAGCCAGUGUCCUGCAGGUAUUGGAUGUUUUCCUGCAGCAACACCAAUGAUUGGGUCACUUGUGCAAAACUUGACAACAAGCUGUUGGAGAUCCAUUUUAUUAGAAUCAGGUGUGUUGCAGUAGGGAAACAUCCAAUACUUGCAGGACACCAGCCCUCGACGACCAAAGUGAGUGAUCCCAGCUGUAUCAUCAGCAGGGAUCCCGGUAGAGCAGUUCUCAGUCUUGGUCUUCAGGAACCACCACCCUGCAUGUUUUAGAGGUGUCCAUACUAUAACACACCUAACUCACCUAAAACAUGCCGGAUGAUGGUUCCUGAGGACCAAAACUGAGAAAGACUUCUGUAGAGGUGAGCAGCGAUGUCCCUCUACAAGAACAUGUUAAAAACUUUUAUCAGAGAGAGUCUGUGUUCUUUUAAAGAUAACUUUGGACUCCUCUUGGCUUCUAAACUUUAUUCAUUUUUUCCUUUUUGUAGAAAACUGACAAAUUUCUCUAGAAGCUGUUGGUUGAACUCAUGGUUCCUCACUGAUGUGCGGUUUGUUUGAAAACGGGUCCUGGAAGAUUAGAAGGAAGCUGUGGCAUUACAGAUAUAUAAAGCUUUAACAACACUACAGAAAACAGUUGAGAGGUGUUACUGGUUUCUUAUCCAACUUUUGAUGAUCACAACAAAUAAACUCGCUGAAUUUCUGCAUCUUCAUUCUUCUAAACGCAAUGAGCCAAAGCAGCGGAUCAUCAUCAUCAUCGCUUGAUUCUUCUACUUUAAGACGUCUCAGCUGAUCAGAACUCUAACAUGUGAAGCCAAAAAUGAGAAGUUUCGUAAAACUCGGACACCAGGAUGAACUGAGCGAAUGGACCCAGAUGUUCAGAAAACACUAAUUAUGCAUCUCGCACUUUCAUUUCAGAAGUUCUGGCUGUUAAAGUGUUUUAGUAAAACCAGCUGCGGCGGUACGUUUCUGAUGCAGCGCUUCUCCCUGCGCCUUAAACCCAAAGACCUUAACGGAUUUCUGGUUUUAAUGUUUUCAUUUUUUAUGUCAAACCUCAACAUGAACCGAGGGAAUGAUGUUGGUUCAUCUUCCCCAGAACCCGACGGAAACAAGCUGAAAACCAUCCGUGUUCACAGAAAAAAUGUUAAACCAGGAAAUUCAAACCUGUUAAGAAUUGUAAUUGUCGGUUCUGCAGUGUUCUCUUUGCGACACUUUUUAUGGCAACUUGUUACAUAAUUUACUUUAUAUAUUUUUUAUGAAUUUUUAAAGAAAAUCAUUUGAGAUUAUUUUUUACUGAAAAAUGUUUUGUUAAAUCUUGGUUCUGUUUGGGUGUGAAUCCAUGUCUGGAAGUAAUUGUGACAGAAGAACCUCCUGCAGGCCUCAGUCUGUUUACUGACCGAAAUAAAGAAAUAAUCAUGA